AUUAACUGUUAUAUUUGCUCAUUUUCGCAUCGUGUGAAUAUUUGCUAAACUGCUUGUGUGUACGGAAUGUUGAAAGGAUGAGUUUCGCAUCGACUGAUUACUUGCCGAACUGUCUGUGUGUACGGAAUGUUAGAGAAUGACUUUUGCAUCGACUGCUCACUAACCAAAUUGCCUAAAUACACGAACUGUUGGUGGAUGAAUUACGCACCUGUGUAUACCGACAUAUCUGUGUUUUGGCGUGAGGUUUUGUUCAACACUCCUUCUUGUGCUUUAGCACAACUGUACGGAUCAUCACAUAAUUGUACGGAUAAUCAAAUAAUUGUACUAUACAUAUCACAACUGUGCUGACAUCAAACAAGUGUAUGGAUACCAAACAGCUGUACGGACAAUACGCAAAUGUACGGACAUUACAUAACUGUGCGAAUAUCACACAAUUGUACGGAUAAUCACACAACUGUACGGCUAAUCAAAUAACUUUACGGAUAUAACACAACUGUACGGAUAAUCGUACAAUUUUACGGAUAUUCACACACUGAACGGAUAUCACACAACUGUACGGAUAAUAACACAAAUGUACGGAUAGCACACAACAUUACGUACGUCACACAGUUGUACGGAUAUUCACACAGCUGUACGUACAUCACACAAUUGUACGGAUUUUGACGCAACUGUACAGACAAUACGUAACUGUACGGAUAUACAGUACGUACAUCAGUUUUACGGAUAUUCACACAACUAUACGGAACUAACACAACUGUACGUACCUCAUACAAUUGUACGGAUAUUCACACAACUGUACGAACAAUACGCAACUACAUGCAAAUCGCGUAACUAUACCCUCCCCCCAAAAAAAAAAAUAAAAAAAAAAAAAAAAUAAUAAUAAUAAUUAAAACAAAAAUCAUCAUCACGACCAUGGCAACCACAACGUCGCCUUUCCUGAUAACGACGGUGGGGCCGAAAACGAACGUGACGCUGUCGAACGAGAUGGUGUUCAACGACGACACCCUCGUGUCGGUGAUCGCCUACUGCUGUCUCUUCGUCGUCGCCGCCGCCGGCAACCUCACUGUUUUCAUCACGUUGUUCCGCAACCGAGGAUUUCGGUCGCGCGUCAACACGUUCAUCAUGCACCUCGCGAUCGCCGAUCUAAUCGUGGCGUUCAUCAUGCUGCCGCUGGAGACGAUCUGGCACGUGACGGUGUCGUGGGACGCCGGCGACUUCAUGUGUCGCGUCAUGAUGUUCUGGCGAGCGUUCGGCUUCUACCUGUCUUCGUUCAUCCUGAUGACGAUCUCGCUCGACCGCUACUACUCCAUCGUUCACCCGCUCAGCAUCUUCGACACGCCGCGGAGAGCUCGGAUCAUGCUGGCGAUCGCUUGGCUCAUGAGUAUCGCCGCCAGUUUACCCCAGAGUGUAAUAUUUCACGUAGAACAUCAUCCGCUUUACCCUUGGUUCACCCAGUGCGUCACCUUCAACUUCUUUCCGUCGCCCUUGCACGAGCUGGCCUACAGUCUAUUCAACGUCAUCGCCGUCUACGUGCUGCCGCUGGUUGUCAUAACAACAGUAUACAUUCUCAUUCUGUUCAAGGUGUUCAGGAACGCCCAUCGUGUUAAAGGCGACGAGACGCCCAACUUGAGAAGCUUCCAGAGGUCUAUCCACGGGUCUUCGGCAAUCAUCGACAAGGCGAAGAUACGAACACUCAAAAUGACGCUCGUAAUUGUGGGAGCGUUUGUCGUAUGCUGGACGCCAUAUUUCGUGAUGGCCGCUUACUGGUGGUUUGACAAGGAAGCUGCCAAGAAAAUAAAUCCGAAAGUUCAACGAGGCCUUUUCCUGUUUGCCGUGUCCAACGCAUGCAUCGAUCCAGUGGUGUAUGGUAUGUUCACCACCACAUUCCGACGAGAAGCCAAAAAAUGGACGGACAUGUUCAAGUCAAAGCUGACUGGGAUCGGCGUGUCUUCAAGAAACACACCACAGAGGCCAAACGAAGUGUUUAUAUGACAGUCGUGGACACAAGCGUAUUAUUAACGUGAGACGCGCAAACGAUACUUUUGGAUCAUUCCAUAAACAAAACAUUCUGGCAACUGUUCGCGAUUUUUAACUUUUAAAAAUGAGUUAAAUACGUAUUACGUAAAGACGCAUUAAAUGUACUUGUAAUCUGCGCAAAAUGUACGUGUGUAAAACGUACGGUACUUAAGUUAUGUGUAAACUGUAUUUAAGAUAUGUGUAAAACGUACUUAAGAUAUGUGUAAAAUGUACUUAAGAUAUGUGUAAAACGACUUUACAUGUGUAAAACGACUUUACAAACUGUGUACAACGUACUUACAAAAUGUGUAAAACGUACUUACAAAAUGUGUGAAACGUACUUACAAAAUGUGUAACACGUAUCUACAACGUGUGUAAAACGUACUUACAACUUGUGUAAAACGUACCUACAAUGUGUGUAAAACGUAUUUCAAACAUAUGUAAAACGUAUAUACCACAUGCCAAAAACGCAUUUAAAACAUUUGUCAAACGUACCAUGGUUUGAAUGUUUGACAAUGGAUGCGAACUACUCAAUAAUGAUCAUCUCAACAGAUGUUUGUCGUCGGAAAUUGCUCAACAUUUGAGUUCGCAAACUUUCGUAGGCCAAGGCUGUGAUUCAUUCAGAUGUUAUCUGGUCUUGUUGAGUUUUGUUUUCAGUUUAGGAAAUUUAUUUUCAUGAACAUUCUCAGAAGAAGACAAACAUUUGACAAUAGCGUACGUCACACUUCAGGGUCGCGUAUUUUCACUUUCGUUUUGUGAACAAAUCGAAUUCCUAAAACUGAAAUUCCGGACAUUUUACUAUGGAACUCUUUUAAUAACAUUUUAAAUAUACGAACUCGCAUUGAUAUUGGAGGAAGGGAAUACUUGAAUAACGACACCUCAGCAAUGUGUUGUAAACUCGUCGUGGUUGUGAUUGUCAGAGAAAAAUCUUUAAAUCCCAAUACAUCGGAGCUUGUGUUCCAACAGACUGACAAAACUCGACAUUCGAUAUAUCAGCUGUGCAGCUCUGGUUGCGAAGGAAAUUGAGCCAGUGAUAUCAGAAGAGUUUAAAACAACAAACAUCUUCUAGAUACGAUACAUUUAGGAAGACUCCGUAACACUUCAGGGAAAUAUUCGUUUGUUGUUUGUGUCUAAUAUGUCUCCUAUGAACGUUCCAUAUGAACAUGUGGUAUGGACUUCUGUCAUGAAAGAGUCCUGUGAACGUUAAUAAAUGCCUUCUAUGAACGCCUAUAUGAAUAUAUAUAUAUAAAUGUAUCUGUGAACGUCUAUGAACAUCCAUGAAUGUAUCAUAUGAAUGUGUGCUAUGAAUAUUACGGAACGUCUGCUGUGAACGUCUCUAUUAACGUCUCCUAUUAACGUCUAUGAACGCAUGCAUGGAUAUCUAUAACUGUAUCUUAUGAACGCCUCCUAUGAACAUCUAUGAAUGUAUCAUACAGGGCCGUACCCUCCGGGGGGGCAGGGGGGGCAGCUGCCCCCCCCCCCCCCGAGAAUCUUGUCCUUUUUUUUUUAUAUAUAUAUCUCCAGUAAUAGCAUAGAAAUGUUUAAUCUUUAUAGUAUGUUAAAAAUUAUUUAUAAAAUUUAGUGCCCCCCCAUGGAUUUUGGUCAGGGUACGGCCCUGUCAUAUAACGUGUGCUUUGAACAUUUCUGAAUGUCUGCUGUGGAUGUCUGCUAUGAACGUCUGCUAUUAACAUCUACUAGUAAUAAAAUGGCUUACAGGGGAUUGUAAUGGACUUAUUAUUUUGUUGUUAUUAACAGUCGUGUUGACAAUACGUUGGAAGCAUGAAAGCGGCCAUUAAAUACACUUGUCAAAAAACAAACCGUACCAGGAGCCUAAUUCACACAGGUCUCUUAGGCUCUGCUAGACAACAAAGCAUCGUCUUUGUAAGUCUUUUAGCAUUGCACUGCGAGAUCGCAAAGUUGCGAGGCUUUAGUGAAUUAGGUCCCAAAAUGGCAAAAUUGGCAAUAUGUUGGAUUGUUGUGUUGUAUAAAAUUAUACAGGUGUCGGGAUAACAUCUAUAAAACUUAUUGAUGUUCGUUUCUAUGAAAAUGUUCUCUUUCAAAAACGGACAGAAUCCUGUAAUAUACAGUAACAUUGUUAAACAGCUACUGGUCACUACAGAAUGACUUACUGGCCAUCGCGGAAUCGAAAUAUAGGGCACUAUGGAGUCAGUUAUGGGAUACCAGAGUCAGUGAUGAGUCAUUGAGGAAGUUGUUACAGGACACCGUGGAAUCAAGUACCGGACGGCAGUGCAACACCAACCAUUACGGUUUUACUGCGACCAGAGCAUGUCUGUGAAUGUUAUAAGAAAAUGAUUAAUAAAAUACGUUACUGGUGUUAAA